AUGAAACUUUCACUACAAUCUUUAUUAUUUCUAAUAACAUCAAUAACUGUCCUAUGUCAUGCAGCAGAUCUUUUCCAACCAGUAUCACUACCAGAGUUCAAUUACGGGGAUUUUGGUAGUAGAAUAGGAUUGUUUGGAUCAUUUGAAGCUUUAUCCUUCUAUUCAUAUAUAAAUUCUUCACAAAUUGUUAACCCACCAACUGGGUCUUCAAAUUUAUUAACAAAAAGGGAUGACGUAACAAAUAAUACUUCCUCAUCAUCAUCAACGGCUUCUGAACCUACCGAUAGUUUAUAUAUCCAGGAUAUCGAACAGAAUUUCAGCUUAAAAUUUGCUGAUGUAAAUGGUCAAAUUAAUCAAUUGAUUGUAUUAACAAAUGAGACAGUCCUUAUCAAUGGUAAUUUUACAAAGUUCAACAACAAGUCAGUUAUCAGUCCAAUUAUUUAUGAAACUUCAAGUAAAAAAAUCACUCCAAUUUUUGAAGAUGAUAUAAAUGGUUCUGUAAAUACUGUAUUUCAUGACAAUGGUUUGAUAUAUCUUGGAGGUGAUUUCAAAUUCAAUAAUACUUAUAGUGCAGCAGUAUAUAAUAUUUCUGCUGAAAAAGUUGAAUCCACUUUAUUCCAAGGUUUUGGUGAAAACUCAGUAGUUAAUACCAUUGCCAAAAUCUUGAAUAAUAAGAAUGAUGAUGACAGUGAAGAAAAUGAUCAAUUAGGUUCUAUUGUAUUUGGAGGUCAAUUUGAUACCCUUGGAUUAUCUGAUUUAUUGGUUCAUAAUAUAACUACCAAUAAAACUAAAAACUCCAAUACAAGUAACACUACCAUUGUCAGUGCUGAACAAUUAAUUUCCCUUCGACACGGGACUUUUACAACAGUAAAUGGUCAAGAUUCAGAUGAAGAUGCAAGUGCCAUUAUUUGUCCUGCAAAUGGUAAUGAAUGGGCAGCAAUACCAAACUCCGGUGCCGAAUGGAGAGUGCAAUUGCCAAGUGAAAUGAAAGGUGUUCAACCUACUAAAGCUAGACUUUACAUUCCUGAAGGUUCAAAUGGUAUUAAAUUGUUUAGAAUUUAUUCCUAUCCAAAUAAUGGUAUUAUGAAUUUAACUUAUAUCGAUCCAGCUACAAAUGAAUUAGCAUACUGUGAUGCCUGGUGUCCUUUAUUAUCAUUUGAUGACUUGAAUGAUCAUGUGGAGAACAAUAUUGCCAAUGCUACUGAGUUAAAUGAAGAUAGCUCGGUUUUCGUUGAUGAAGAAAAUGGUUCCUAUUUCCAAUAUUAUGACCCAUCAACCAAUACUAAAAACUUGGGUUACGGUUCUGAUUUCCAAGAAUUUGCCUUUGUUAAUGAAGUUGGCGUCGAUGAAGUUAUUGUCACCAUUGUUGAUUGGUAUGGAGAACAAGGUAUUUUGGCUGGUUUUGAAUUAUAUCAAAACGCAAUUACCGUGUAUGGUAACAACACAUUAAAUGAACCAAAUUGUGACUUUGAUUUCAGUCUGGAUAAUAACAACUAUGCUGAAAUUAAUUCUGGAACUUUUGAAUCGAUUCAAGAAAUAGAUUCAGGUGUUACUGACUACGAUUACUUGGUAACUCAUGAUACUACUGCCAAGAUGACAUUAUUUCCAAAUAUCUCAUACUCUGGUAAUUAUUCAAUUAUUAUGACAACUCCAGGUUGUGCAUCCGACAAUUCUUGUUCCCAAAGAGCCAUUGUGAAUGUUACUGUUUUUGGUGACCAUGAUAAUAUUUUGGCCACAAAUUUAAUCUACCAAAAUAAUGAAAACUUCAAAUUUGACUACUUAUUCUAUGGUCAUUUGAAUGGAUCAACAACCACCUCUGGAACAAAUAGAAUUGAAAUAUCCUACCAUGAUCGUGUUGACCCAUCUUCUGAAGAACCAUUUAUGGUUGUCGACAAAGUCAUUGCAAACAUUGUCUCUUUGGACAGUAUUUAUGAUAAGAAUCUGACAAACCACACCAGAAAUAGUACUCGUUCUGAAUUAACAACAAUCAAAUUGAAUGGGUUAUUUGAAUAUUCAUUGGCAAAUUUUUCCUAUUUCGAUGAACUGUUGGUACACUACAAAAGAAACAAUAGAACAUAUAUCAGUCAAAAUAACACAUUUGUUGGUAACUCUUCUAUCAAUUUGUUAAGUGGCCGUUUUUCCAAUGAUACUGUGGUUGAUCAAAUCAUUUUGCAAGGAAACGAUAGUUUAAUGUUGUUGGGAAAUUUCAAAUCAGAUAGCGAAAACCUUACAUUGUCUAAUAAUAAUUUACUUCAAUUAUCCAUUGAAUCUUAUAACUCCACAGCAAAUGAGACCAUCAUCAAUCUUCCAAAUAGAUUAUUAAAAAGAGAUUCUCAAUCAAUUCUUGGAGGUAGCUUUAAUAAUUCUAUUUCCAGAUUAAUCAAUCUUCCUCAAGGUGUGUUAGCCAUUGGUGACUUUGCAUUGGAUGUUAGCGGUUCAAGUGAUAUUAAAGACUUAUCAAAUGACAAUGAAACUGUCUCCUCAGCUAAUAACUUUGCAUUAUAUUCAGAUAAACAAUGGUAUAGUUUUGGAAAUGAUUAUGAACCUACUAGUUUCAACCAAUUUACUAAUGUCACAAUCAAUGGCACUGAAUACUACGUGUUUUCAGGAGAUGGUGUCUUUAGAACUUGGGAUAAUGGUAACUUGACUUGGGUCACAGAUUCUAAUAGACAAUUGAAUCUUAGUCAAGCGGCUGUGUUGAAUGAACGUCAACAGAUACUUGGUGGCUCUGGAUUUAACACAAUGGAUUUUUACACCACAGAUCAAGCUUAUAUUUCAGAUGGAAAGUUCAACCAGUUUGGGAUUGAGGUUAACAAGAAUGUAUCAUUUAUAAUAACCAAUUCUUUCUACGUCAACAGCUCCUUAAGUAUAAUUGGUGGUAGAUUUGAAUCUAAUAAUGUCAAGAAUGUGGGAUUUAUUGACAAUAAUAACCCUGAAAAUGCGAUGAGGUCAUUACAAGGUAAUGCGACAUGGGGUGACGAUACUAUGAUCCAAUCAUUAUAUGUUGAUAACAAUAAUGAAUAUCUUUUCAUGGGAGUUAACGGCUCUGUUGCUAUUGGGGAUUCCCUGAACCUCACGGGUAUUGUGAUCUACGACUUGAUCAACGACACAUUCACAUCAUUCCAACCACCAGUAUUGUCUAAUAGUAAUGGUGAUCCAAUCGAAGUCAAUUCUAUGGUGUUGUUUAACGAAGGUAAUCGAUUAUUAGUUGGUGGCGACUUUGAUCUUGCUGGUUCUUUGUCAUGUCCUUCAUUGUGUGUUUAUGAUAUUGAAAACACUAGAUGGAUUAAUCCCCAAGAUUCCAAUGAUCAAUCCAUUAGUGUGUCUGGUGUUGUUACUGAUAUGAAAUUCUUCCAAAGUAACCAAGCUUUGAUUGUGGGUACCAAUUUGACUCUAAAUAACAGCAAUGUUAAUUUCUUGACAUAUAAUUUCCAAACUGCAGCAUUUGCUACCAAAGAUACUUUGAAUGAUAUUGAUGCUAGCGUUGAAAGAUUUAUCUUAAAUGAUGAAAAUAACAAGAAUUUGAAUGGAAGAUUAGUGGCCAUGGGUCAAGACUCUAUCUAUGGGUUUGACGGUACUCAUUGGAACAGAAUUGAUGACGAUAUUGUUUAUGAAAAUUAUACCACAUUUAAUGAUAUCAAAUUAUUAACAUUAUCUUCGUCAAGUAAUUACAAUGGAACGUAUUUUGAUAAAAGUAACAUUUUGACUGUUGCUGGUAUUUUUGAUUUGAAAGAUUAUGGAUUAGUUAACAUGGCGUUGUACAAUGGUACUUCAUGGAUCCCAUACGUAUUCACAAGUCAAUCACUGGAUCUGAGCAAUUCAUUAGAAAUAGGAGACAUUAGGUCUAUUUUGAUUGAUGAUUCCAAUAGAUUUCAAUCUUCCGAUGAUUUGAAAAGUAAGAAUAGAUUCUUAUCUCGUGGUAAAGUAGUUGGUAUUUCAUUAGCAUGUGCAUUAGGAUCAACUACAUUAUUAGGGUUGUUAUACAUUAUUCCAUAUUUUGCAUUAUUCAGGCCCAGAAAAGAUGGAUACGUUCCAGCACAAAGAAUCGAGGAAAAUGAAAUGAUGAAUGCAGUUAAUCCUGAAGAUUUAUUACAUGAAAUCGAUUUACAAAGAGAAAAAUAG